AUGCUAAUAAAUCUGCUCGAAUUCUUCUUUCGACGUCAUUGUAUCGUAGCUAAUAUUCUACAACAAAACAGCUAUGAAUGGAUUUUAUUCGUGGACAGCGACAUUGGUGUGGUCAACGAGAAGGUAAGAAUAGAGAAGUACAUACGGAACGAGGCCGAUAUCAUAUUCUAUGACAGGUAUUUCAACUUCGAAAUAAUGGCAGGCACCUAUUUGGUUAGAAAAUCCGACUUUGCUAUCAAAUUUCUCCAUGGCUGGGCAGACUAUGAGAAGCGUCUUCCAGACAAUUUUAACGGAAGCGACAAUGGUGCUAUACAU